AUGGUCACGCGAAUGCUGGGCUAUGCUCACUGUAGCACAGACUACGCAAAGUCGGUGGGUGCGUGUGGGCUGCUGCUUUCCUUGAAAGCGUGCCCUGCAGAUGCGGGCAAUCGGCGGGUGCCAGUUGCGGAUGCUGUCAAGGCCUCUGCGAAGGCGCGGGAGCGGUGGAGCCGGUGGAUAGGACAAGCUGUGGCAACAAGCAGCGCCCUCACCGUGGGCGCGGCUGCGGCCACGGCCGCAGGUGCCGUGGCAGCGUCCACGCGACGGAAGACCCGGGUCGCUGCGCGUGCCGAAGUGGCCCCUGGUGAGAAGGUGGUGGGCAUUGACCUGGGCACCACCAACUCCGCAGUGGCUGCCAUGGAGGCCGGCACCCCCACCGUGAUCCCCAAUGCGGAGGGUGCACGCACCACGCCGAGCGUCGUGGCCUACUCCAAGAGUGGUGAGCUGCUCGUGGGGCAGAUCGCCAAGCGCCAGGCUGUCGUGAACCCGGAGAACACCUUCUACUCCGUGAAGCGCUUUGUCGGCCGCCAGCCGGGUGAGGUGAAGGAAGAACUGAAGGAGGUGUCCUACCAGGUGGACUUCGAAGGUCAGAAGGUGAAGAUCGACUGCCCAGUCUUGAGCAAGAAGUUCGCACCCGAGGAGAUCUCUGCACAGGUGCUGCGCAAGCUCAGCGGCGAUGCCGGCACGUACUUGAGUGCCACCGUCCAGAAGGCCGUCGUGACGGUGCCGGCUUACUUCAACGACUCGCAGCGUCAGGCCACGAAGGAUGCAGGCAAGAUUGCCGGAUUGGAUGUCCUUCGGAUUGUCAACGAGCCCACCGCUGCAUCCUUGGCAUAUGGCCUGGAGAAGGCGAACAACGAGACGAUUUUGGUCUUCGACCUCGGCGGCGGCACCUUCGAUGUCUCCGUGCUGGAGGUUGGGGACGGCGUUUGCGAGGUGCUGGCAACCAACGGAGACACCCAUCUGGGCGGUGACGACUUCGACAAGGUCAUCGUGGAUUGGCUGGCGGAAGACUUCCAGAAGACCGAGGGCAUCGACCUCCUCAAGGACAAGCAGGCGCUUCAGCGCCUGACCGAGGCCGCCGAGAAGGCCAAGAUCGAGCUGUCUGGCGUGCAGGAGGCCAAGAUUUCCCUCCCGUUCAUCACCGCCGAUGCCACGGGCCCCAAGCACAUCGAGCAGAGCCUCUCCCGGGCCAAGUUCGAGCAGCUGGCCAGCAAGCUCAUCACUCGCUGCAAGAGCCCAGUCGAGAGUGCCAUGAAGGAUGCCAAGCUGAGUGCUAGCGACAUCAACGAGAUUGUGCUAGUGGGUGGCUCCACCCGAAUCCCCUCCAUCCAGACCCUGGCGUCGGAGCUGGUGGGUGGCAAGAAGCCUAACCAGAGCGUGAAUCCGGACGAAGUGGUGGCUGUGGGUGCGGCCGUGCAGGCUGGUGUCCUGGCGGGUGACGUGAAGGACAUCGUCCUUCUGGAUGUGACGCCCUUGUCCUUGGGCGUCGAGACACUGGGCGGAGUGGCCACAGUGCUCAUCCCUCGGAAUACCACGAUUCCCACCAAGAAGACAGAGGUCUUCUCCACUGCCACGGACUCCCAGCCGUCUGUGGAGAUCGUGGUGCUGCAGGGCGAGCGGCAGUUUGCAAAGGACAACAAGAUCCUGGGUACCUUCCGCCUGGACGGCGUGCCGCCGGCGCCGCGAGGUGUGCCGCAGAUCGAGGUGACCUUUGACAUUGAUGCCAACGGUAUCCUCAACGUGGGCGCGAAGGACCGUGGUACAGGCAAGGAGCAGACGAUCACCAUCGCUGGAUCCUCCACGCUGGACAAGACGGACGUCGACAAGAUGGUGCAGGAUGCCGAGGCCAACGCCGCCGACGACGCCAAGCGCAAGGAUGCCGUGGAGACCAAGAACAACGCGGAGAGCCUGGUGUACCAGACCGAGAAGCAGCUGUCUGACCUGGGCGACAAGGUGCCUGCAGACCUGAAGGCCAGCAUCGACCCCAAGCUGCAGGCGCUGAAGGACAAGGUCGGUGAGGCCGAGCCCGACACUGAGCUCCUCAAGACCAUGACCAAGGACCUCCAGGAGGAGCUGAUGAAGGUCGGCCAGGCCGCCUACGCGAACACCGGCGGCGCCCCGGCGCCCGAGGGAGCGGCCGGCGAUGCCGGCGAGGCUGGGGCGCCCCCGCCCGGCGACGCCAAGAAGGGCAAGGACGACGACGUCAUCGACGUGGAUGGCCAGUAA